CCGAGAUGGAGCCGCCAGCGCCAUACUCGAUCGAGAAGGCAUCGGGCUCGUCCUUCCAGCAUCCGGUCGAGAGCGUCCUCGACUACGCGCGGGCUACAUACUGGGAGUCGUUUGCCAAGCCGAAUGAGACCAUUGUCCUCGCCCUGCAGAGCAAGUCGCUCCUCUCCGAAGUACGCAUCCUCAACAAGAACGCCCAUGCCGUCGACGUCAGCGUCGCCGUCGAGAACAAGCGCGACGACUUCAUCACCGUGAAGACGGACGUUCGACUGCCGCUGCACCGCGAAUCCGUCAUCAAGCUCGGGUACCUGCCCGCGUGCUUCCUACGACUCACGUUCAAGCGGCAAGCGCAAACCUCCGUCUCCGUUUAUGGCAUCCGCCCUUUCGGCGUCGCCUGCGGUGUCCUCGAGCAAGACGGUGGUCCUGCCCUCUUCAACGUUGUUAGCUUCAAGACUGAGGCCAUCCUGUAUGGACCUUCGCUACCUGCCAGCCUGCCCCGCCGCGACUGCCUCAGCGACCACAUUUCCGGGUUCUCCAUACUACCAUCCACGUCCAACGACCGUUGUCACCAUAUACCACCUUCUAGGUCGCCGGAAUGGAUGAAGCGCCAUGAUAGCUGUGUCGACGCGCAGCUCACGCGUCUCGAAGCAACGCUUCAACACGCGACUAAAGCCCAUUCGUACAUGUACUAGAUUCUGCACGA